CGUGAGGUCAAAGGUCCCGCAAGAUGGCGGCGCCCAGGAGCAGCCACGGCGUGAGAUGAGGAUGGCGCUGGCGGCGCUGGCGGCGGGGCCUCGGCUCUCUCGUCGCGUGAGUGGGCUGGUCCCCGGGCUGGGGCGAGGCCACCGGACGGCGGCUGGCCGCUCGCAGGGCCGACGGGAGGCGGCGGAGGCCGAGGCGGACGCGCCGGUGUUCCAGUACGUGGGCGAGCGCGCGGCCCGCGCCCACCGCGUCUUCGUGUGGGGCUUCAGCUUCUCGGGGGCGCUGGGUGUCCCCUCCUUCGUGGUCCCCAGCUCCGGGUCCGUGCCCCGCGCCGGCUUGCGGCCGCGCCGCCGCAUCCAGCCCAUCCCCUACCGCCUGGAACUGGACCAGAAGAUUUCAUCGGCUGCCUGUGGCUAUGGCUUCACACUGCUUUCCUCGAAGACCAAGGAUGUCACAAAAGUAUGGGGGAUGGGACUCAACAAAGACUCUCAGCUCGGCUUUCACAGCAGCCAGAAAGACAAAACGCGUGGCUAUGAGUACGUUCUGGAGCCAUCACCAGUGCCUCUGCCCCUGGAGCGUCCGCAGGAGACCCGGGUGCUGCAGGUCUCAUGCGGGAGGGCCCACUCCCUGGUGCUGACAGACCGAGAAGGAGUCUUCAGCAUGGGAAACAAUUCUUACGGGCAGUGUGGACGUGAGGUGGUCGCAGACGAGGUUUACAGUGAAAGCCACAAAGUGCACAGGAUGCAGGACUUCGAUGGACAGGUAGUGCAGGUCGCCUGCGGCCAGGACCACAGCCUGUUCCUGACAGAGAAAGGAGAAGUCUACUCCUGCGGCUGGGGUGCAGAUGGACAGACAGGACUGGGCCACCACAACACGACCAGCGUCCCCACCAGGCUGGGCGGUGACCUGGCCGGUGUGCCCGUGGUGCAGCUGGCCACCUACGGUGACUGCUGCCUGGCUGUGUCCGCUGACGGGGGCCUGUUUGGCUGGGGCAACUCUGAGUACCUGCAGCUGGCUUCUGUCACCGACUCCACCCAGGUGAACGAGCCUCGGUGCUUGUCCUUCCCCUCGCUGGGGCGGGUGACGCAGGCUGCGUGUGGAGGCACGGGCUGCGCUGUGCUUAAUGGAGAGGGGCAUGUCUUCGUCUGGGGCUACGGCAUCCUGGGGAAGGGCCCGAACCUGGUGGAGAGCUCACGGCCCGAGAGGAUCCCGCCCUCGCUCUUCGGCCUGUCACCCUACAGGCCCGAUGUCCACGUGGUCCGCAUCCGCUGCGGUCUCAGCCACUUUGCUGCCAUCACCAACAAGGGUGAGCUGUUCGUGUGGGGCAAGAACAUCCGUGGCUGUCUGGGCAUUGGCCACCUGGAGGACCAGUAUUUCCCAUGGAGGGUCCCAGCCUGCUGCCCUUCGUUUCCAGGUGACGAUGCCCGGGGAGCCCGUGGAUGUGGCCUGUGGAGUGGAUCACAUGGUGACCCUGGCCAGGUCCUUCGUCUAAACCCUUGGACUGCCCGGCCGAGGCGCUGGAUCGGGGACCCGUGUGAGUGUCCCUGGCCCCUCCCUCCUCCAGCUGACGUGUAGCCAAGCAUUGGCAAGGGCCCCAGCCUUGCUGAGGGUGCUGGCAGCCUGGGGGGCUUGCCUGCAGGUCCCCGACUGCCUGGACACCUCCAGUCAGCUGCCUACAGCCGGCUCCCUGAGGGAACCCAUGCUGAACCCCUCAGCCUGGGGUCUUCUCUCUGGAAAUAGUGGUGGGCACCAGCUACAGACCCUGUGGAAACACAAUUGUUACCUGCCCUGAGGACGUCCUAGAAAGAUGACAGACCCCCCACAGGAGGGACAUCAAGACCCAGUCUCUCGAGAGCUGAGGUCUCUAGACUCAAGCCUGGCCUGAGUGCCCACUGAGGAAAGCUCCAGAAACUACCAGACAGCAAGGCGUGGGGAGCAUGACUUGUCUUUGCCUUCCAGAAAAGUGUCUUUUACGAAUCUCUUUUGGAAUAAAGUAUUUUCUGGCU